AUGGUACUUGCCAGUAACCACAAAAGACAAGAGGACACCAGCACCGCGGAGAAGCCGUGGAAAUGUGGCGAUUGUGGGAAGGGAUUCAGCUCCCCAUCAAAACUGGAAAUUCAUCAACGCAGCCACACUGGAGAGAGGCCAUUUACGUGCUCUGUGUGUGGGAAGGGCUUCACUCAUUCAUCCAACCUUCUCCGACACAAGCAACUUCACACGGAGCAAAGUUCACUCAUUUGCUCUGUAUGUGGGAAGGCAAUUAGUCAGUCGUCGAACUUUCUGAGGCAUCAGCAAACUCACAGUGGAGAGAGGCCUUUCACUUGCUCUGUGUGUGGGAAGGGAUUCACUCAGUCGUCCUACCUGCUGAAACACCAGCAAAUUCACACGAGGGAAAGUCCUUUCUCCUGUACCUUCUGUGGGGAAGGAUUUAACCGACUGUCCAGAUUUCUGAAACACCAGCGCACUCACACUGGGGAGAGUGCGUUCACUUGCUUUAUCUGUGGGAAAGGAUUUAAUCGACCAUCCAAACUGCUGACACAUCACCGCAUUCACACUGGGGAGAGACCGUUCUCCUGUACCUUGUGUGGGAAAGGAUUCACCAAUUCAUCUGACCUACUGAUUCACCAGCGUGUUCACACCGGGGAGAGGCCGUUCAUCUGUUCCAUAUGCGGAAAGGGAUUUACUCGGUCAUCCCACCUUCUGACACACCAACUUGUUCACACCGAUCACAGACCUUUCCAGUGCUCUGACUGUGAAAAGACCUUUAAAUGCAAAAAGGAUCUGCUGAUACACCAGCGAGUUCACACUGGGGAGAGACCAUACACCUGCUCUGUGUGUGGGAAGGCUUUCACACAGUCAUCCUCCUGCCUGACACACCAGCGAAUUCACAAGUGAUGACAGGGGUGGUUUCAGCAGUUAUUGUUACCGUUGCUCAUGUUAAGGAUUGAAUUCUUUCAUUCUGACAAGUUGGUUUCUUUAUACUGAUUUUGAAAACAAAAUAAACAUAGUUUGCUGCUUAUUAUUCUGGAUAAAUAUCAAACGCAUUGUUGUAAUUUGUUUUCUCUCUCCCACCUGCGUGAGAGCUCAGAAAAGAAUGUAGAACAGGAACAGAAUAUCAGCCUGGUCGUCGUCCUUCAGAGUCACAGAGAGGGACAGUAUUUUAGUCUUUUUCAUCUCUUCACUGCAAGAAAGACCCCUUGUGGAUUAAUUUGAAGGUGUGUAAGCAAUAUGUGACAGUUGCUUCUGUACAAUAUAUUUUCACAUUUACCAAGAAUCAGGCUGUGCGAUGUGAAAAGCAAAUGGAUGGAAAGACUGUUCCAAAGCCCCUGUGAAUCCAGCCUCUGACUUCUGUUUUGUAACUAUCAUCAUUCCGACCUCCACAAAAUAGAGGAGAAGCUCCAUUACAGCUGUGUUUCUAGACAGGAAUAGUGGACACAUUCUGUUAAAUCAGAGAUUGGUGUAAAGCUGUGCUGUGUUCCUGACUAAACUGAAAUGGCAGGAUUACGUUUCCACCUUAAAAAUGAGGACGAUCAUCGGCGAAGUUUUUGAUGUGUUUUUGUGACAGUCCUGAGGCAACUGUUUUAAACCCGUAUCAACACUACUUGUAUUUAUAUAGUGCUUUUCACAUUAAGCAAUAAUAGGUCAGAGAUUGGGAAUUCGACAGUGAGUAACUCACCUCCAAACCUGCAACUGUUACCUUUUAGAAGGGCAAUGGCAACAGAUACGUGGUAACAUCUGCACCAGCAAGUUCCCCUAUGAGACACUCGCUCAUCCUGCCUUGGAAGUAAAUUGCUGUUCCUUCACUGUGCUGGGUCAAACUCCUGGAACUCCACCCCCUCAGUGUUGUGAGUGUCCCCACACCAUAUGACCUGCAGCGUUUCAAGAAGGAAGCUCAACAUCAUAGAGUCAUUGAGCAACAGACCCUUCGGUCCAAAUGUCUUUUAAAUUUAUAAUUAUACUCACCUCUACCACUUCAUCUACCAUCUGCUGGCUAAGUAGGGCUGGGCAUUAAGUACCAGCUGAGCCAGUGAUGCCCAUAUCUCAUGAAUGAAUAAGAAAACUGGAUCAAUCAGUGCAUUAUAAUAGCAAAUUGAAGAGUUCACAGGAGCUUUAAAUGCUGGUGCAAUGAUACAAUGGAUGUUUGAUCACCAAAUAAAUUGGGAUCUGCAGCAUAUUACCAAGAAUUCCUCACUGUAUUGAUGUGUACAUGUCAGUAACCAGGACUUUUUAGUAGUCCUCCUCAGUGUUAACUUUACCUCUAAAUAUAAUAAUCAAUUAAUAAAUAAAGCAGUUUAUCACUUCUU